AUGGCCUUGAUCGGACGAGACCCCAACACUGGUCAGCCACCGUCCAGUUUUCCGGCAUCUUCCUCUGUUAACAGAACCAUUAUGGUUGUACCUGGAGCUUCGGGUGGCUUGUUGAGUGAUUUGACGACUUUAUCUGUUCCACUCUUGGCCCACUGUUUUUGUAGUAGUUAUCGAAUGACAUCACCACAUCAGGUGCCACCACGUCUCAACAUGGAUUGUCCAGAGUACAUGUGGGGUCCUCCAUGGACCCUGUACUCCGCACAAGAUGGCGUAUACCAUUCGGCAGAGAAUACCCUGCUCCUGCUAUCAUCGCUGUCGAUGCAGCCCUUGAGAGUCCUGUGCCUUGGAAUUGUCAAAUAUUUCCAGUUUCGUUAUGAAGUCCAGCAUAUAGGAAUGCAUCGAGCAGUGCCAUCAAAGACACCUCAAGACUAA